CAUCACUUGGAUUGCAAGGAGCUCAUUACAUAAGCGAGGUCGUAUCUCAGUGACUGCUUGCGGGCGUCAUGAUCGGCUGGCACUGGACUGAUGUCGGCAAAAACCAACUUGGAUAUUCCUCCAAGGGGCCGCAUUUCUGCGAAAGGAAAAUACGGGGCCGAAUAAAAAAUGGUGCAGUUCUUCCUGCGGCUCUUUGUACGGAGGUAGUGACAUUUACCUUUUCCACCGCAUUAUCGCUUGCCGCGGGGUUUGCGAGUUGAUUCACAGAGCCUGCAGCUUGCAGAUUUAAGAAAGAGGUCCUCAACCCUCGUCAGCCGCUUAUGCAGGCCAUUUUUGACAG